AAAAAAUUUUGGUUUCAGAAAAAAAAUCCACAUAUAUACGUGUAUAUGUUAAUAGUUUUGAACGUAGCUUUUUCCCUUAAUUAACACGCAAUGAAGCUUGUUCAAAGCUUUCAGGAUAUUUUCAAACAAGUUAAAUAUGAUACAAUUGCAUGCGAUAUUUACGGUGUACUUCAUGAUGGCAUCAGAGCAUAUCCUUAUUCUAAAGAAGCACUAACAGAACUUAGGCAACAUGACGAUCAUGUCAUUUUACUUUCAAAUUCGACACGACUACAAGACAAACUUGAUUCUGCCAUUGGUGUACUUACAAAACUUUUUUUGAAAGAUAUAGCUGAGUAUUUAGAGACGGGUCAAGUUAAAAAUGCAGCAUGUCAUGCUACCGCUAGAUGUCUCGGUAAAAGUACACGUAUAAAUCCAGAUGAGUUUGCGGCAACUUACCUAAAGACGGGCAAGUUCUUUUUAGCGGGAGAUCCCGAUUGGCAAGAGCCUCUUUACUUGCCGGUGUCACCUACAUUAUCAAGGACACAUAACUGGGACGAAAUUGAGUUUGUCUUGUUAGGAUCAAUUCGUGGUGUGUUUCCCGAAGAAAAACCAGUUGAUCCAUUUAGUGAAAAAGAUGUACGAGCCGAUUAUCAACCUUUGUUGGAAAAGUGUUUGGAAAAGAACAUUCCCAUGAUCUGUGCCAAUCCAGAUGUCUUUGCUCCUAAUGGGAUCAAUGAAGAUGGAACCAUCAAGUUAUUAAUUUGUCCGGGAUAUAUAGGACAGAUGUAUGAAGAGAUGGGUGGUGAAGUUUUGUAUUUUGGAAAACCAUACAAGAGUAUUUAUGAAUAUUUGAUAGAAAAUAAAGCCAAAUCUUCUAUCAAAGAAGGUGAUAGCAAAGUCUCAAGCAAGAUUAUUUGUGUAGGUGAUAAUGUGGCCACAGAUAUAAAGGGCGCUACAGAAGCUGGACUAGAUGUCGUUAUGAUUCUUGGUGGCGUGCAUUGGGAAGAGUUAAAAGAAGCUAAAAGUGAAGAUGAAUUGAAAGAGUGUGUGAGAAAGCUAUGUAGUUUGCAUGGAAGUAAAGAACCAACGUAUCUCAUGCCUUUACUUGGAUAUUAGUAGUUUUUAGUUUAUUUUAAUGUUAUUACCUGUAUAUAUGAUUUAUUUUAUUAUUGUAACCUAAAAGGAUAAAAGAAGCAGUUUAAUCAAUUAUUGUUUUUUCUUUUAUAUAAUAUUGGUUCCUUUAAUUAAUACAAAUAUCUCAAGCCCG